AUGUACGAAUUAAAUGUUCACAAGUGUGCGAAAUUCCGAACGUUUGAAAAUAAAGCAGAUACUCGACGUGCUUUGGUUUUCUUGAAAUUAUUGGAUAACGUAUCAUAAAUUUAAUAUUAGAGUUGUCCAAGAGAGGAGGCAUUAAAAUUUUGUAAAAAAAGAAUAUGUCGAUUUGAUACUACUAAAAAAUUAGAAGGACCUCCCAAGUUUAGAUUGAUAAGAAAUGCAACUACAAGUAGAGGUUGGAUCUUUCCUGAGGAGAUCAAGUAUGAUUUAGGUAAAAAUUACGAGAGACCAAAAACAGAAGAGGACAAAGCAUUUUAAAAGUUCUUUUAGUCUAACAAAUUAAAGAUAGUGUAGGAAUAGCAACAUCAAGUGGAGGUUGUCAAUUAGUUUAUGAAAGAAAUAGACGGAUAACUUAAUAUGAAAUAUAAUAAUUUAAAGGAGUUAAAAAAUAAGGUUUAGGAUGUCAGAAUUAAAUAAGAGUAGUAUAGAAACACUCCUGUAAAUUAUUUGAAAUUCAAAGGGCAACGAUUCAUUUAGUUGUAUGAAGUGUAAUAAUAAAAAAUUAUAUUGAAGUUUCAAGAAACAUUAUGAUAAUGAUUUAUUGGGAUUUGAAAAGCAAUUUCCAGUGACAGUUUAAGAAAAAACAAAAAGAAACGAAGACUUUUUUGUUAGAGCAAACAAAAAACUUGAAACUGAUAACUUAUAAAAGAAAUUUAUAAAAUUAUAAAAUGAAGGAGAGAUAAUAGCCAAGCUAACUUAAUCUGAAGGGAAUAAGGAUUAAGGUAUAUCAAUUAAAUCGUUUUAACAUAUCAAUGAUGUAAAGAAUCUUGCCAUGGAAUUCAAUAAGACUUAAUAUGUUUUCGAUGAUGAUAAGAUAAAGAAAAAGAAGAGAAAUUCCUUACAUUUGCUAAGACUGAAUAAUAAAUAUCGAAAGAAUAAUAAUCCAAAAGAUAUUAAAAUAGGGGAUUUCGAAGAAAAGUUAGAGACAAUAGUAACAAAUAGAAUAGAUUCCAUUACUAGAAGUGGAAAUGCAACUAAUGUGAAUUAUGACCAAAUAAAUUCGUUAAAACAAGUAAAAAAUUGAAUAUCAUAAGAAAACUGAAACCACUAGAAAUAAAGAGUUUAACAAGAUCAAAUCCCAUUUCACUCCAAGAUCAAUUAAAUUUAAUUAAAGAGCAUAUACUACUUAAUAGUCAACAAGAAAGUUAGAACUAAGAAGUAAUAGAUCAUACAAGUAAUUAUAAAAAUAAGGUUGA